AUAGUGAUAUCUAUUGUUUACCUUAUAUAGCACAGCAGCAAUAGUAUCGUUACUAUCAAAUUGGUUAAGGACAAUGAUCGAUAGGUCAUCAGUAGUGGAUGGACUUUCGUCGUAAACAAUCGAGGGACAACACUAAUUAUACAAAAAAAAAUGUGUCAGUAUCUCAAGAUUGGCCGAAUAUUGUCGAAAAUUACUAAUAAUCAGGUGUUUCUAACAAUUUUUAAGUUCUGUUAACUUAGUUUUAUAAGAUAAGAUAUCUUUGUCGCAUCAGUUUUUAGUAAAACAAUGGCAUACACGGAAAAAGUGUCACUAAGUGGCACUGCGCUGUCGUUUUUGUUAUACGAAUGUGCAAAUUCUGUGAACAGCCAGGAAGGAUUUCUCAUUGGUGAUAUAACUUCUGAAAUAACUAACCACAUAUCAGACUCACAAAGUGAUAAUGCCCGACUUGAUACUCAAAUAGUUAUAAGGACUGUAUUGCCAUUACCUUCAGUUUCAUUAUUUUAUCUGCCAACUGGCAGGAUAAAAGAGGAUAUUUUAUCUGGUUUUCUUUCUAAUACAGCAAGCGAAGUGGUUGGAUGGUACAAAUACAGAAAGAAUACUAAUAUAAAACCUACUUUUCGAGAUAAAUUAAUAUCUAAAGGGCUUCAAAAAUAUUUUGAAAGACAUCACGGAAAGAAGACAUUUGUGACAUGUCAUUUAUCCAACAAAAGUUCUUCAUCAGGAUCAACUCAUACAUUUACAUAUAGAUUUGGAAAAAUAAAUUGUUAUGAUAUGUAUGAGUACAUUGAGGAUGUGACUGCUAAUUUAGGUGAAAAAUUAGCUGGGUAUAAAAAGCCCCAUAGAUUGCCACCUCAUUGUGUAUUUAAUAAGAUUGUAAAGGAAAGCUUACAAGAAAGUUGUGGUUCAGAUGCUAUAUUACAUAUUCAGGAAGCUGUAGAUGUCAGAUUAAUAAAAGAAGCCAAAAUUGCUGCCAAGAAUGAGAACAUAAUUAGGGAUUUAGAAGCUGAAAUCAAACAAAUGACUGCUAUAUUGGCUGAAAAGCAAGCUGUAGAUUUACAGUCUGCAUACAAUAAAGCAAUGGAGGAGAGCAUCAAAAACAGAGAGGCAGCAAUGGCAGAAGCUUGUAUUGAUGCCCUGAAAACAGUGCAUGAAGUAAAUAUACUGGAUGUUCCUGACCUAGUACUGAAUAGCAACCAUGUGUCAUCAUUUAGAGAAAACAUGGAAUUUACAAAUGAAAGUGGUUUAAAGGAGAGUCCUAUUCUUAUGCCAUCCACCUCCAGUGAACCUGUCAAAUAUGCUUCUGUUUUAAAGAAUAAGAAGGAAGUUGCAUCUACCAGUAAACAGAACCAUUGUGAUGACUUGAUUUGUUUUUAUGUGGAAGACAAGAAAGUGAAGAAGCUAAAUGUUGUGAAUGACAAUUGUUUAGGAGACAGUUCACCAGAAUAUUGAUAAGUGCCUUAAGAGACCAUUUAAGUUACCAUAAUUUGGGAUAUUAACAUACUUUCUGACCACUUUGUUAUCUAUGUAAAUAAAAUUUGUUAUAUUACUUUUUGAAAUGUACUGUUCAUAUCUUUCUAUAUAGCAAACGUUUCUGAACUCUUAUGUAAAGAUAAAAUCAUUGUUAUAGUUAAAAAAUUAAACACAAAUAACUACAAGGUAUUUUGAGUGCAUAUUUGUUAAUCUGUACUUUAAGUUCAAAUUCAAAAUAAUUGUGUCAUGCUCAAUCUAGACUAAAGAUGACUAUGUUGGGUUAUUUUAUUUGAAAGUUUUAAACUGAAGUUUCAUUGGUUGGUAGGUACUUAGUACUGCUUGUUUUCAAUUCAACGAAACUCGUCACAUAGUUUAGAUUUCCUAGUCUACCACUUGAACUAACAUGAAGAUUGGAUUUUGAUAUAACUUAUAUUUGAUUUCGCCGUACUUGUCACAUACUCCCAGCAGAUUUUAGUACCUGCCUUUUCUAACAGCCACUGACUAAAUAAGUAAUUUGCCUUAAGCAUUUCAUUUCACAAGUUUUGAUUGAAUUGAAAGUUUUACUAAAUAAAACCUACUUGAUACUACACAAUUAUUUAUUAUAUAAAAUAUUUAGGAUUUCCAAAAUAAACUUUUUUUUUAAAUUGCCGAUUGAAGUAAGAGGUAUUGAAAAAGAUUAAGAGAUUAGUAACUUAAAGGCCCCGUUCAACUUAAUGAUGGAUUUAUCUUCAAGAAAUAAAAUGGAAAAAGUUCUGUAUAAUAAUUGAAAGUAUGAGAAGUGUUUUGAUGCUUAUUCUCAAUUUUUCUUAACGUUCCCCCGUAGCACGGCAUGCUUUUAUUAUGACGUGAUACACAGCAGCAGUUAAUAUAAUUUCUACUUUAUUAUAAUAAUGGCUUAUUUAGACAAAAUUACCAAUAGACAAACUUUUACAAAACGUACCAUUACACAUCCAUAUGAUUGUACCAAAAGGCUUUGUCUAGUUAAUCUUUAGUCUAUGCUCCCCGCCCAUUCAUGUUUUAAUUUAAAAUAAUUACAAAAUAUUAUUAUAGUAUUUUUCACUAAGAUGUUAUUAAAUCUCAAUUCUUUCUCUGUUAUAA